GUACUGCUUACAAUAUUGUUACUAUUGAUACUAAAAAACAAUCUGAUUCAGAGAGUAUCGCAUUUGAAUUUCACAUUAAAAAAGUAUCUGCAUACAGUAUGACAAGUAAUGUUCUCGAGGGAAUUUGCAAAUUUCCUUAUCCCUUUCAGAAAUUAUUGGUGAAGGAAGCCUGUGCUGUUAUACACAGACUCGAAAAAG